AUGGGUACGACUACACUCCACAUCCAGAAAAGCAAAACCCAAUCUGAUCGUUCCCAGCUCCUCCACUGCGGUAACCUCGAAGCCGACCAAGGCUGGUUCACCCGCGGCGGCGGCACAAGCACAGCAUCAAACCCCAAACCCGAAUCCCAACGCCGCAAAGUCGUAAUCAUCUGCGUGCUAAUCGAGCACCCAACCGAAGGCCUCAUCCUCUUCGAGACCGGAGGCGGAGAAAACUAUCCUGAAGUCUGGGGCGCCCCUCUAAACGACAUCUUUGCCCGCGUCGACUACCAAACCGACCACGAACUCCCCACUCAAAUCGCCAAGACCGGGCACUCCAUCAAAGACGUCAAAGCCGUCAUCAUGGGCCACUUGCAUCUCGACCACGCCGGCGGUCUGGAGCACUUCAAAGGCACCGAUGUGCCCAUCUACGUGCACGAAAAGGAACUCAAACAUGCGUUUCACUCGGUCGCGACGAAGAGCGAUAUUGGCGUGUAUCUGCCUAAGGAUUUGGGGUUUGAUCUGAAUUGGAAGAGUUUUUAUGGAGACUUUUUGGAGUUGGCGCCGGGAAUCAAUUUGAGGCAUUCUCCGGGGCAUACGCCGGGUUUGUGUAUUAUGCAGGUCAACUUGAAGGAGAGCGGGACUUGGAUCUUCACGACGGAUCAGUACCAUGUUGCUGAGAACUACGAGAGUGGUGUCCCCCAAGGCUGGCUUGCCCGCGAUCACGACGACUGGAUACGUUCGCACCAGAUGAUCACUUCGCUGCAGAAGCGAACGAACGGCAAGCUCGUCUUCGGGCACUGUGGCGAUACGCUGGCGAAAUACCAGAUUGCGCCGCACACUUACACUUGACCGUUUACCGCGUAUCAUACUCCACUCGAACACAUCUCCUUCCACCCAG